GACAGAUCCGACUUCAGAUUGAGAGUAUUCAAGAUGGCUGCUACAGGUUCGAAGUAAAGGACUUCUCUGGACCCCACCCUGCAUGCAGCUCUCCUGAAGUUGCAGUGUCUCAAGUUCUGUGUCCCCCUUGCCAUCCCCAGCUCCGCCAGCCUCUUUCAAAAUGUCCUCCACCUCCUCCUCGUACUCCUCCUCAGGGGAGACUAGUCCAGAGGAUGUACCUCGAGGUGGGGGCACCAUUAGAGUCUACCUCCCCAACAAACAGAGGACAGUGGUGAAUGUCCGGCAUGGGCAAACUGUGUACGACGUUCUAGAUAAAGCGCUCAAAGUGAGAGGUCUGAGCCAAGACUGCUGUGCUGUGUUUCGCCUACUAGAAGGUCGUAAAAGACUGACCGACUGGGAUACUGACAUAACUCCUCUGGUAGGAGAGGAGCUUUUAGUCGAGGUCCUGGAUGACAUUCCUCUCACCAUGCACAACUAUGUACGGAAAACGUUUUUCAAACUGGCGUACUGUGAUUUUUGCCACAAGUUUCUUUUUAAUGGCUUCAGAUGUCAGACGUGUGGCUACAAAUUUCAUCAGCACUGCAGUAGCAAGGUCCCUACUGUGUGUGUCGACAUGGAUACCAUGAGCAAACGGUGUGAUAAUUCCUGCACAGAUGAUUACCCGCAGAUAUUAUUGCCAGAAAAUUCUCCAUCACAGAGCAACCUAGCCUUAACCCCAGAGCCUGCUGGAAUGGGCCUUCUGUCCCCACCCUCCACCUUUAACUUCCCCAUGUCAGGAGGAGAUGGACAGUCCCUCCAGAGGCAUCGUUCUACCUCCACUCCCAAUGUUCACAUGGUCAGCACGGUGGACCUUGCUACCAUCAGCGGCAUGGAGGAAGCAAUGAAAUUCAACACAAUAGGUCCUGAACCCUCACCAAAACCCUCCACCAGCCCACCCUCCACUCUUGGUUCUCCUGGGAGGAAACCACCCAAGUCCCCCUCAGAGCACAAGGAACGCAAACCCUCCUCAUCUGAUGACAAAAAGAAAGUGCACCGAGGAGGCUACAGAGACUCAAGUUACUACUGGGAGGUAUCUCAUCGAGAAGUCAAUGUUCUGAAGAGGAUAGGUACUGGAUCCUUUGGGACGGUCUACAAGGGCAAGUGGCAUGGAGACGUAGCAAUCAAGAUCCUUAAGGUCAAAGAGCCCACGCCUGAGCAGCUGCAGGCCUUCAAAAAUGAAAUGCAGGUCCUUCGGAAAACCCGCCACGUCAACAUCCUGCUGUUCAUGGGCUUCAUGACGAAGCCCAACUUUGCCAUCAUCACUCAGUGGUGUGAAGGCAGCAGCCUGUACCACCAUCUGCACGUCACAGAAACCAAGUUUGACACCAUGCGUCGCAUUGAUGUGGCCAGACAGACGGCACAGGGCAUGGAUUACCUUCAUGCCAAGAACAUAAUUCAUCGAGAUCUGAAGUCAAACAAUAUUUUUCUCCACGAGGGCUGGACCGUUAAGAUCGGUGACUUCGGCUUGGCUACGGUGAAGUCUCGGUGGAGUGGCUCUCAACAAGUAGAGCAGCCCAGCGGCUCCAUCCUCUGGAUGGCUCCAGAGGUGAUCCGAAUGCAGGACAGCAACCCGUACACGUUCCAGUCAGAUGUGUACGGUUAUGGAGUGGUUCUGUAUGAGCUGAUGUCUGGAACUCUGCCUUACUCCAACAUCAACAACAGAGAUCAGAUUAUCUUCAUGGUUGGUCGUGGGUUUUUAUCUCCAGACCUCAGUAAACUGUACAGCACCUCGCCCAAGUCAAUGAAACGACUCAUCAUCGAGUGUCUGAAGUACAAACGUGAUGAGAGGCCUCUGUUUCCACAGAUCCUCGUAGCCAUCGAGCAGGUCCAAGACCUAAUGCCAAAAAUCGAGCGGAGUCGCUCAGAGCCGUCUCUCCACCGGGCUGUCCACGCCGAAGACCUGAACCCUCUCCUGUUCCAAACCACCCGGCUAUUGCCCCUUUAAGCCCCACAGCGCGGGCCCUCAGACAUUCACCAUGUGUAACUGCAGCUGGCUGCCAUGGCCAACCCCCUUCCACCCCCUCCACCCUGCAGAGCCCAGGAGGAGCAGCACUCAGUAACAAACUGCAGACGUGACGUUGGACCUGGUUUUCCUUCCUACAAGUGGCAGACGGCUGUCUGUCAAAGGACCGGAUGCUCACCAGGGUCUGACGACUGAUGUGACAGGUUGACGUUAGACUCUGACUCACAGGGAGGUGGGUCAUCUUUGUGGAGGCGACGAUGAAAAGCACGUGUUUUGCACAUUUUGGUUCAGCAAAUCUUGUGUUGCCUGUUUUCAGCAGUAAAAUCAGAUUGCCAAAACAUGAAAGCAGUUCCUCGGCUGUGAAGCUGGGGCUGCUGGUUCAGACCCCGGGGUCAGCUUGUUGUCAUCUGUUCAGAUUAACAAAACUAAAAACAGGCCAGAACACGAGAAGGCUGGAGAGGAAGCCUAGACCUGGUCAGGAACAGGCUGGAGAGAACCUACAACUUACACAUUACUGUUGUGAAACCUUCUUGCUAAGGAUUAAAACCAAACGCGUAGUUUUAUCUUUUUUACCUGUUAACCUUUGACCCUCAGAGGUCUGUGUUAUCAGGGCUUCAGGUGGGCCGGGGGUCACUGCUGCUGAAA